AUGGGGAAGCCUGCAAAGAAGGGCUGCGACUUCAGGCGCUUUGUCAAGAACAACUGGCUGCUGCUGGCCACCGUGGCCGCAGUGGUGCUAGGGAUUGUCACGGGAGUCUUAGUUCGAGAAUACAGCCAACUCUCUAGUCUGGAUAAAUUCUACUUUGCUUUUCCUGGAGAAAUUCUCAUGAGGAUGCUGAAGCUCAUCAUUUUGCCAUUAAUUAUAUCCAGCAUGAUUACAGGUGUUGCUGCACUGGAUUCCAACAUAUCCGGAAAAAUUGGUCUGCGUGCUGUCAUGUAUUAUUUCUGCACAACUAUCAGCGCUGUUAUUCUAGGAAUCGUGCUGGUGAUGAGCAUCAAGCCUGGUGUCAGCCAGAAAAUGGAUGCCAUGGGCAGGGUGGGCAGUACCCCUGAAGUCAGCACGGUAGACGCCUUGCUGGACCUGAUCAGGAAUAUGUUCCCUGAGAACCUUGUCCAAGCCUGUUUCGAGCAGUACAAAACCACACGUGAAGAAGUGGAGUCUACAGGUGAACCAGUGACGAACCUGACGGAAGAGUCUGUCACAGCUGCCAUGACGACCACAGUUGCCAAGAACACAACCAAGGAAUACCAAGUAGUGGGCUCGUAUUCUGAAGGCAUGAAUGUCCUGGGCUUGAUUGUCUUUUGCCUCGUCUUUGGGAUUGUCAUUGGAAAAAUGGGAGAAAAGGGACAGAUUCUGGUGGAUUUCUUCAAUGCCUUGAGUGAUGCAACCAUGAAAAUCGUGCAGAUCAUCAUGUGUUACAUGCCACUGGGGAUUCUGUUCCUGAUUGCCGGGAAGAUCAUAGAAGUUGAAGACUGGGAAAUAUUCCGCAAGCUGGGCCUGUACAUGGCCACAGUGCUGAGUGGGCUUGCGAUCCACUCCAUCAUAAUCCUCCCGCUGAUAUACUUCAUAGUUGUACGAAAGAACCCGUUCCGAUUUGCCAUGGGAAUGGCGCAGGCUCUCCUCACGGCUCUCAUGAUCUCUUCCAGCUCAGCAACACUGCCUAUCACCUUCCGCUGUGCUGAGGAAGAGAACAAGGUGGACAAGAGAAUCACUAGAUUCGUGCUACCUGUUGGGGCUACGAUCAACAUGGAUGGGACCGCGCUCUACGAGGCAGUGGCCGCCGUGUUCAUUGCACAGUUGAAUAACUUAGACUUGAGCAUUGGGCAGAUCAUCACUAUCAGUGUCACAGCCACAGCUGCCAGCAUAGGAGCUGCUGGUGUGCCCCAGGCCGGUCUGGUGACCAUGGUGAUUGUGCUAGGUGCCGUGGGCCUGCCUGCCGAGGACGUCACCCUCAUCAUCGCUGUUGACUGGCUCCUGGACCGGUUCCGGACCGUGGUGAACGUGCUUGGAGAUGCGUUUGGGACAGGCAUCGUGGAGAAGCUCUCCAGGAAGGAGCUGGAGCAGAUGGAUGUUUCGUCUGAAGUCAACAUCGUGAAUCCCUUUGCCUUGGAAUCCACCAUACUUGAUAAUGAAAACUCAGAGACCAAGAAGUCCUAUAUCAACGGCGGCUUUGCUGUAGACAAGUCUGAUACCAUCUCAUUCACCCAGACCUCACAGUUCUAG